UCAUUACACAAACACAAACACAAACACAAACAAAGAGCUCCUUCCUCUGUUUUCCAAUCCUCGUCUUCUUUCUCUCAUCCGAACUUUCAUCUUCACUCUUCCCAUCAACGAUGUCGGUGAAAGAGUGCGGCCACCACGGUGAACACCGCCGAAAAAUCUUCCGGCGAAUCAUCGCCGGCAUCCUAAUCUUCCUCAUGAUCGUCCUCAUAACAAUUCUGCUCAUCUGGGCAAUCCUUCGUCCCAACAAGCCCAGGUUCAUCCUCCAAGACACCACCGUCUACGCUUUCAACGCCUCCACCCCCAACCUCCUCACCUCCAAUUUCCAGCUCACUCUGUCUUCUCGAAACCCCAACGACAGGAUCGGCAUUUACUACGACCGCCUCUACGUUUACGCCACUUACAACAACCAACAAAUUACCCUCCGAACCUCCAUCCCUCCGACGUACCAGGGUCACAAAGAGAUCAACGUUUGGUCCCCUUUCAUCAACGGAAACUCCGUUCCCAUCGCCCCGGAAUUCUCCGCCAGCUUGGGAAUGCAACAGGCUACCGGGUCGGUUUUCUUGAUGAUCAAGAUUGACGGACGGGUGAGAUGGAAAGUUGGAAGUUUCAUCUCCGGGAGAUAUCAUCUUUACGUUCGGUGUCCGGCUUAUAUCACCUUCGGGAGCACAAGCACCGGCGUUAUGGUCGGAGAAAACGCUAUCAAGUAUCAGUUUGUGACUAGGUGCAGUGUUAGCGUCUGAGAAUGAGGGUGGCCGAGGAAGAAGAAGGAAACGCCGUUAAGUACAUCGUUUGAUUACAUCCAUAUUAAAUCUCUUUCCCUGGCUUUUUUAUUUGACGCCGUUUAUAUUUUAAUUUUCUUUUGCUAUAUAUAUAUAGGUGCAGGACAUUGUACAUUUUGCUAUGGA